AUGGACAAGGACUCUGAAUUUGACCCCUUGAAGUUCACCAGUGUCAUUGAAUGUGAGAAGCCAAACAAUGACUUAAGUAGAUUUCGAGGUUACAUACUUCCAAGCUGGCAGUGGAUGACUGCUGCUUUUUGUGCUGAGCACAAACUUAGGAAAUCAAUAAUCAAGGGAUGGGACAGUGAUGAGAGCAGACAAAAGUUGGGUCAGGAUGAAGUAUUAGGAUCCAAAAGCUAUGGAAGAGAUUUGGAGAUUUUUGAGCUAAUAUUACAGUUUGAUCCAUGUCUGGCUAACCACUUUGCUAAAUUUGGACAGAAGGAGAAAGCCAUCCUACCUGUCCUCAACUGGCACGAGACCAAAGCUUUGUUAAAUAACAGUGGACCACGUUACAAGCGCAGUAAGCUUGAAAGACAGAUGAAUAUUGAUGUUCUUUGGUGUGUCCUCAUACUUAUAGUCAUGUGUCUAUUUUCAACCAUUGGUCAUGGCCUAUGGGUGUGGCAAUAUGGUGAGAAGAAACCAGUUUUCGAUGUUCCCGGGCUUGAUGGCAACUAUUUAUCCCCAGUUCUAGCUGCAGUAUAUAUAUUUUUGACAAUGAUAAUAGUUUUUCAGGUUCUGAUUCCCAUUUCUUUGUAUGUAUCCAUUGAAAUAGUUAAAGCAUGUCAAGUGUUUUUCAUUCAUCAAGACAAGGAUUUAUAUGAUGAAGAGACAGACUCUCAGCUACAGUGUCGAGCUUUAAACAUCACAGAAGACUUAGGGCAGAUGCAGUAUAUAUUCUCAGACAAGACUGGUACUCUUACUGAAAAUAAGAUGGUUUUCCGAAGAUGCACUGUUUCUGGAAUAGAGUAUUCCCACGAUGCUAAUGCCAGACGUUUAGCCAUGUACCAGGAAGCUGAUUCCGAGGAGGAAGAAACAGCAGCUAAAGGAGGAACAUUAUCCCAGCGGAACAGUGUCAGCAGUCAUCAGAGCAUUAAGGUUGUCCACAGAAGCCUGAGUAUGAAAUCCCACCGACGCACCGGCAGCAGGGCUGAAGCAAAAAGAGCAAGCAUUCUCUCCAAGCACACUGCAUUCAGUAGCCCCAUGGAAAAAGACAUCACUCCAGAUCCUAAUUUGCUAGAAAAAGUAAAUGAAUGUGCAAGGAGUCUUGAGGUUACGAGAAGCCAUGAACAGCCAUUAUCCAAGCUCACACCUGAACUUUCUGACGUCUUUGACUUUUUCAUAGCAUUGACUAUUUGCAAUACAGUUGUUGUUACCUCUCCAGAUCAGCCACGGCAAAAGGUUAGAGUUAGAUUUGAACUGAAGUCACCAGUAAAGACCAUAGAAGACUUCAUUCGAAGAUUCACUCCCAGCCGUCUGACCUCUGGAUCUAACAGCAGCAGUUCAUCAAGCCUGACUACCAGUAAAUCAAUGCCCAGACUCGGUUCUAGUAUUCUUUCAUCUGUAUCCUCUGAGAGCACUUUACUAAAAGUGGAAGAGAAGUUGGCGCACUCUCCGCAGAUGAAUAACAAUGACUAUUGCUCACAGCAGGACAGAAGGGCUAUAGGGGGUAGACCUGAAGAAGGAGAACUCCGUUAUGAGGCAGAGAGUCCAGAUGAAGCUGCGCUUGUCUACGCAGCUCGGGCAUAUAACUGUGCUCUGGUUGGAAGACUGUCUGACCAGGUAUCAGUAGAGCUACCUCAUCUGGGAAGGUUAACCUUUGAACUCUUGCACACACUGGGCUUUGAUUCCAUCAGAAAAAGAAUGUCAGUGGUAGUUAGGCAUCCCCUUACAGAUGAAAUAAAUGUUUACACUAAAGGAGCGGAUUCGGUUAUUAUGGAUCUUCUUCUGCCCUGUUCUUCAGAUGACCCUAGAGGCAAUCAUCAAAAAAAAAUCCAAAGCAAAACUCAGAAUUACCUUAAUCUGUAUGCUGUAGACGGGCUGCGGACCUUGUGUAUUGCCAAGAGAGUUCUAAGCAAAGAGGAAUAUGCUAGUUGGUUAAAAAGUCAUUUAGAAGCAGAAUCUUCUAUUGAAAACCGUGAAGAGCUGCUGUUUCAAUCUGCACUUCGUAUAGAGACAAAUCUGCAUCUACUCGGUGCAACUGGUGUUGAAGACCGUUUACAAGAUGGUGUGCCAGAAACCAUUGCCAACUUACGCAAAGCUGGGCUGCAAAUUUGGAUUCUCACUGGAGACAAGCAAGAAACAGCCAUUAAUAUAGCUUAUGCAUGCAAGCUACUAGGUCAUGAUGAGGAAAUCAUCACCUUGAAUGCUGAAUCACUGGAGACAAGCGCUGUUCUGCUGGACCACUGUCUACAAUAUAUAGAGUCUAAGUUUUCAAACAACACAAUAGACAAGACUGCUGGAAACACGACAGUUGGGUUUUGCCCCCUCUCUCCACCUUCAUCUUCAGUGCAUUCCAGCUUGGGCCUAGUGAUUGAUGGAAAGACUCUGGCUUAUGCACUGGAUAAAACACUAGAAGACAAAUUUCUUUCACUAGCCAGGAGAUGUCGCUCAGUUCUGUGUUGUCGCUCUACCCCACUGCAAAAAAGCAUGGUAGUAAAACUAGUCAGAGAUAAACUCAAAGCAAUGACCUUGGCAAUAGGUGAUGGAGCUAAUGACGUCAGCAUGAUCCAGGUAGCAGAUGUGGGUGUGGGGAUCUCUGGUCCAGAGGGCAUGCAGGCAGUGAUGGCGAGUGACUUUGCAGUCCCAAGAUUUCGGCAUUUGGAAAAGCUCUUGCUUGUUCACGGGCACUGGUGUUAUUCCCGGCUUGCCAAUAUGGUGCUGUAUUUCUUCUACAAAAAUGCAAUGUUUGUGGCCCUUCUCUUCUGGUACCAGUUGUAUUGCGGGUUCUCUGGCUCUUCGAUGAUUGAUCAGUGGUACCUGAUCUUCUUUAAUGUAUUAUUCUCUUCUCUUCCACAACUGGUCACUGGUGUGCUGGAUAAGGAUAUACCAGCUGAAGUGCUAAUUGGUGUACCUCACCUCUACAAAAGUGGCCAGAAAAUGGAGGAGUACCAACCACACAUGUUUUGGAUGAACAUGAUUGAUGCGCUCUAUCAAAGUCUAGUUUGUUUUUACAUCCCUUUUUUCACUUACUAUGACUCAGAGGUGGAUCUAUUCUCCUGGGGAACUCCCAUCACUGUGAUAGCUCUUUUCACCAUUAUAUUACAUUUGGCUAUUGAAACCAAAACUUGGGUUGCAAGGUGUGAUGUGAAACAGAUUUUUGAGUGCCGUGAAGCACUAUUUGAAAAGUGUGAACGUACAAAACUCUCCCUCCAGUCAAUAACUGACACAGUGCACAAAGUAGCUCAUGGGCCAAAGCCCAACACUCGUCAAAAUGGCAUUGGAACUGAUUCAUUUGUCCUGUGA